GAUAAACAUAACAAGUGGUAAUCGGGAAUAGCCGGCUGGUUGGGGUAUUACCAAACCAUUUCAACGAUUUCAGCAGCCCAUUUAACUUGAGUCAAGCAACAAUGAACUUUGCGCGCCUGCGAAUCGAAAAGCUGAUCCUAGGAAGCCUGCGCCAGCCGCGCCAGCACUUGCAGACGCAAUGGCAAGUCCGGCGAUGGAUGAACACAAUCACAAGACCGCCAGCAGCAGUUACAGAGGAAACAGAAGCUGCCUCCAAGAAGGCGACACAAAGAGCGACCCCAGCCUCGGGUCCAGCGCCCAGUGUGAAGCCAAUGCCUUUGGUGGAGGAGCGACUGGAGUCGAUACUGUCGCCGAUUAGGACGCGCAUCAUGCGCAAGAAGCGGCUGGCCACCGACGAGCUGUCCGCCUUGGGAUUCCUCAACACGCGCGGCUACACCACAGCCGAAGAGUACAACCUGGAGGCGUUGCAGGCUGCCCUCAAGGAGCAGAAUCUGUACGAGACGAAGCGCUUCUUCUCCACGGACAACCUGGAUGUGGAGCAGAACGUGCUCUUCGUGGCGGCCAAGUACCCGACGGGCCAGCAGCCGCGCGAGAUAUUCUUCUUUCGCGAGGGAUCCGUGGUGUUCUGGAACUGCAGCGACAUCGAGAUGAACAACGUGCUGAACUUCCUGCGCUCCUUCGAGCGGGAGUCGUACGUGAGUGCCCUGGUGCACGGGGAGAGCGAGGUGAUGCCCUACACCUACAUACCGUCGGCGGCGGUCGAUGUGGAGGGCGACCUGGUGGCGGAGAGCAGCGACUUCAACGCCACAGCGCGCGCCUUCUUCCAGAAGGGCAAGUUCUUCGUGACGGGCGACAGGGACAGCUUCCUGUACAAGUACACAUUCUCCAAUGCGAUGGCCCAGUCGAUCAAGCUGGGCAUGUGGGAGGCGACGCUGGACCGCUACAUCGACUCGAUUGAGCACCUGACGGAGGACCUGAAGCGGGGCCGACGGCUGCGCAUCUCCCGGGCGGCCAUGCUGCGGAAGACGGGCGAGCUGUUCGCCCUGCGUCACGUGAUCAACCUGUCGUCGGAUCUGCUGGACGCGCCCGACUUCUACUGGGACAGGGAGGAGCUGGAGGGACUCUAUCUGCAGGUGUGCUCCUACUUUAGCAUUUCGCGCCGCACCAAAGUGAUGAACGAGAAGAUCAGCCACUGCGUGGAGCUGGCCGAACUGGUCUCCCACAACCUCAACGACGCCCACCACAUCCGCCUCGAGUGGAUGAUCAUUAUCCUGAUUAUGGUGGAGGUGGGAUUCGAAAUUUUGCAUUUCAUAAGCGACAGGGGAGAGAAGCAGCAGUCCCUGGAAGUGGUGCCACUCUCCAGCCAGUUAGUACCUAAGUAGUGUCUAUGCUGAUUGACUUGUUUGACUUUGUUUUUAUACGUUACACUUACUUGUAUUUUCGCCAAA